AACAAACAUCUGACCCCUUCUUUCUCUGGCCUUAUCCUGCCUCUUCCCUUUCUUUAAAUUUCCCUCCCCCACCUAAACCAAACCCUCUUCACUGAUAAAUACCGUCGCCCCCCUACCCUCUUGGACCACUCACUCAGUCUUCUUCCACACAUAUGAAAUAUGAAGCCGCACAGCGACACGCCCUUUUCUCUCCCAGACGUCUCUGACGUAACGUGCAUGGACCCAGGCCGGCCGUCGUUGGUGGUGGAGAAGCUCUGCAAAACGGUGCGUUUGAUCGGCUUCCUCGUACAGAACGGUGUCUCCAAAAGCAAAGUCAUGCACGACGUUCACUUCAUGAUGAAGCGCGGCAAGAACUUGGGAAAGACCCUGAAUAACGCCGUCGUCCGACACCACGAAGCUCUGACCUGCCGCUCACGUGACGCGCACUUGUCUUUCAUUUCCCCCAUGGAGUACCAGUUCAGCUGCAGCGGCAGUCCGCCUCGACUUUCCUACGCUGGCAGGCGGAAGGGCGGUUCUCCCCCCUACACGCGCCGCCAACACCAUCACGCGCUCCAUUAUUCUCGUGAAACGCCGGUUCAUAAGAUCGCAGGAUUGUGUCGUGGCGACGAGGACACGCUGGUGGCAUCGGCUCUGGGGAAUUAUUCAACAAAAGGGCGAGCGAAAAUAACAGGACCGAGUUCCAUGCUAAGCGACGACGUCGUAGAGGAAGAAUACCGCGUGGACGAGGCCGCAGAAGAGUUCAUAGAGAGGUUUUACAGAGAGUUGAGGUUGCAGAAAUGGUUGGAUCACUGUUGCUGAUUUGUGGUUGUGUGCCCAUCUGGCAGUUUGUGAUUGGCCAAAAGCUCUUAAGGCAAUAUGUAUUUGAUGACUAGUUGUAUCUCCCUGCUUCUCACUGUAAAUUCCAAUCUCAUUCCACAAAUUAACACUAGUUGUUAGGUUUUAUUUAUGCCUAA